AUGGCAGCCACGACUCCAACUACGAAGAGCAUUGGCAGCGUUGGCGGCUGGUUGCCCCCCAACUCUAAUGUCAUGCUUGACUGGGUCAGAAAACUCGUCAAGAGAGUAGACGAUGCUCGUAAAACGCCGUAUCGUGGCAGGCCUGGUGAUUCAUCUUAUCCUCCGGAAGUAAAAGAGCUCCAGGAUUUGAUUGAAAGUACUGUGGAGCUUCGUAUGUUGGCGUCAGCUAUGUUUGACGAGGUUCCCAAUAAGCCUCCUUAUAACGGCGAUCCGAAAGGGACCAAGACAAUUCACAGCUAUCGACAAAUGCUUGACACCAUGAGCUUUAUCAUGGUCAAUAUUGCUCCGGAGUGGAACCAGGAUGGCUACGACAGUGGCUUGAUUGGCUUCCCGUUCAACGCCAUCCUAGAUUGGCCCAUGGCUACUCCUAGUGGAUAUGCGUUCUUUCUCAGAGCAAAUGUGAACGAAAAAUUCAAGAACAUCCUUAAUACCUGGAAGACAAAUAUCCUUGUGAACGAGGUCUCCAGGGAUUUGGUUCUAACUAAGGAGCCCAAUGGAUGGUUCUGCGAACAGGCAUUGGAAGUCCUUACGAGGGAUAGCAACCCCACGAGAGAGUCAGAUCCUAUACCAUUUGACGUACUCUUCAAAUGCGACAAGGCAGACCCCCACUACGGAUUUGCUUCGUGGGAUGAUUUCUUCACCAGAAGCUUUAGGAACAUGGAUGGGGACAGACCUGUUGAGGAAAAGGAAGAUGAAUAUUGGGUCGUGACAUCGUGCGAGUCUAAGCUGUUUUCUAUGCAGAGGGACGUGAAUGAGCUUGACAGCUUUUGGUUGAAAGGACAACCGUAUUCGGUGGCAGAGAUGGUAGGGCCAAGCGUCCGACAGGACACUGUAGACAAGUUCGUCCGCGGGACCGUCUAUCAGGCUUUCCUCAGUGCUACCUCUUAUCAUCGUUGGCACUCGCCGGUGAAAGGAAAGGUGGUAUAUGCUAAAGUCAUUGAUGGGACUCUAUUCUCUGAACCCCCCAUCAAUGGCUUCUAUAACCCAGAUGACGAUCCCGACCACAAGCCUGACCCCGCCGGUCCCGACUUGUCCCAAGGGUACAUUACUCACGUAGCAACACGUGCCGUAUACUUCAUAGAUACAGAAGGUCCCGCUGGUUUGGUCGGCGCUGUCUACGUGGGUAUGGCUGAUGUAUCUACAUGCGAGAUCGGCAGAAAAUUCAAGGGGCUAGAAGAACAGGUCGCGGCCAUAAAGGGUGUUGCAGUUGAGAAAGGAGAGGAGAUUGGGAUGUUUCAUCACGGCGGUUCCACUCAUUGCCUUCUUUUCGAAAAAGAUGUCAAAUUAUCGUUUGUAUUUGAACCGUUCCCAGAGAUUGCUAACAAAAACUUUCCAAUUAGGAGCAAGUUAGCUCAAGUGGGAAAAUAA